AUGGAUUCUUCUGAACGAGUUGCCAUUGAAGAGCAAGUGACACGAUUAAGCAUGGCUAUCGAGAAGUACAAUACGGAGUUAAUACUGAAAAAGUCUGGCUUGUACAAUGAAAAGACCUGUGAUCUUAUCGAGUCUCCUGCUGACUUGAUUGGCUACAUUUACACUAAUUGUAUAGAUUGGAAGUCGGCAAAGGAUCGAGAAGAGAAGAUGUCUGUCGCUGAACAACUUGCUAGGGCGAAUCAUCUCAGGAAUUUAAGCCAAAUUCAAGAAGAGUUGGCCACGAGCUGGCUUAUAGCAGAUAAAACUGAUGACGCAUAUGCUGUGGAUCCAAAUGAUACGAUGGGAAAUGCUGCUCUCGAUGUUGGCAUAAGUGGGUCAGAUGAAAAUGAGCUGUUCCUGUUGCCAUUCUUUGACGUGACCGUUGACAGAAUUGUGUACAUCUUAAAGCUCAUCAAUAUGGACAAGAUCAUGGGAGAUUUGAUCACUUACUUGCGAAGGGUUGGUCCUUCUUCUCUAUCUCAAAAAGAACCAAUUUUGUCGAUGUUGUAG